AUGGCGAGCAAUGAGACAGCCAGUGCUGACUCACCGGCGUUUUGCCAUGCACCUGAGUGUGCAUCCUCCCUGGGAAAAAUCAAGCGAUAUGUGAAUGCACGGCUGGAGAAGGAAACACCAAUAUUUAACAAGCAAAGGAUUGAUUUUGCUCCUCCAGAGAAAAUCAACAGCUUGGUGGUCUCAUCUAACCAGCUCUGUAUGAGCCUUGGCAAAGACACCCUUCUCAGGAUUGAUCUUGGGAAGCCAGAUGAACCUAAUCAGGUAGAGCUGGGACGCAAAGAUGAAGCCAAAGUCUACAAGAUGUUUUUGGACCACACAGGCUCUCAUCUCCUGAUUGCUCUGAACACCGGUGAAUGCCUUUACCUGAACAGAAGUGUUCAGAAAGUGCGAGCACUCUCCCGCUGGAAAGGCCACUUGAUUGAAAGUGUGGGCUGGAACAAAUUUCUUGGUUCAGAGACCAACACCGGGCCUAUCCUGGUGGGGACAGCCCAGGGGCAGAUCUAUGAAGCUGAAAUCUCUGUUAGUGAGGGAAGCCUCUUCAGCACUAAUCCUGACCAGUACUUCCGACAGGUCUACACUCUGGAGGAGGAAUCGGGACCUGCCCCAGUCUGCUGCUUGGAGAUUGAACGAGGGAUAGAAGGGAAAUUUUUUAUUAUAGCCACCACUCGAAAGAGACUCUUCCAGUUUGUUGGCAAAGUACCUGAAGGGACGGAGCAGCAAGGCUUCAGCUCCAUAUUUGCUAUGCAUGCUGACCAUUUGCCCAGCUUUCGGGAGUUUCCGGCCAACUUUGGUUUCAGUGAGAUAGCCUUUUACACCCCAAAGCUGCGCUCGAACCCACGCUCUUUUGCCUGGAUGAUGGGAAAUGGUGUUUUAUAUGGUACAUUGGAUUAUAGCCGCCCUGAUUCAAUUUUGAGUGAUGAACGGGUCUGGGUUUAUCCUUCUGAUAUUGACAUAACUGUGAACAAGCCGAUAUCCAUUGUACUUACCCAGUUCCACUUCCUGUUGCUGUUGCCUGAUCGGGUGAAGGCUGUGUGCACUCUGAAUGGGCAGGUUGUUUUUCAAGAUCUGUUCCUGGAGAAGUUUGGCUUACUGACACGCAUGAUCAAAGAUCCUACAGUCCAGCAGAUAUGGAUCCACACUGAGAAAGUAGUGUUCCGUUACCACGUCCAGCGGGAAUCUAGAGAUGUGUGGAAGAUGUAUAUGAAUAUGAACAAAUUUGAUUUAGCCAAAGAGUAUUGUAAAGACCGUCCAGAGUGCCUAGAUAUUGUGCUGGCAAAAGAGGCAGAGCACUGCUUCCAAAACAAGAGGUAUCUAGACAGUGCCAAAUGUUAUGCUCUGACCCAGAACUACUUUGAGGAAAUUGCCCUUAAGUUCAUUGAAGCCAAGCAAGAAGAGGCCCUGAUGGAGUUUCUGAUUAAGAAGCUGAGUAACCUAAAGCCUUCUGAGAAGACACAGACCACUCUGCUGACCACAUGGUUAACGGAGCUGUACCUGAACUGGCUAGGUAUACUGGAAGGAGAUCCCUCACAGCGAAAUCUCUAUUUGGAUACCCGGGAGAAAUUUCGCACUUUCCUGAGCAGUCCUAAAAACAAAGACUGUUUAUUUAAUAACCGGGCAUCUAUUUAUGAGCUGUUGGCAAGCCACGGGGACACAGAGCACAUGGUCUACUUUGCAGUCAUCAUGCAGGACUAUGAGCGCGUAGUAGCUCACCACUGCCAGCAUGAUGAGUAUGAUGAAGCUCUAAAUGUGCUGUCCAGGCACAGAGAUGAGAAGCUGUUCUACAAGUUCUCUCCAGUCCUCAUCCAGCAUAUUCCCAAGAAGGUAGUUGAUGCUUGGAUUUCUAUGGGCUCUAGACUGGAUGCCAGGAACCUCAUUCCAGCCCUUGUUAACUACAGCCAGAGUGCCAGCACCCAGCAGAUCAAUGAAGCCAUUAGAUAUAUGGAGUUCUGUGUCUAUCAGUUGGAGGAAACCCAGCAAGCCAUUCACAACUACCUGUUGUCUCUUUAUGCUUUGUGUCGGCCAGACUCGCUACUGUCAUACCUGGAGCAAGCAGGAACCAACCCAAACAGGAUCCACUAUGACCUGAAGUAUGCAUUGCGCCUGUGUGCAGAGCAUGGGCACCACCAGGCAUGUGUCCAUAUUUACAAAGUGAUGGAAUUAUAUGAGGAGGCUGUGGAUCUCGCCUUACAGGUGGAUGUUGAUCUUGCCAAGUCCUGUGCAGAUCUCCCUGAAGAUGAUGAGGAGCUCCGGAAGAAGCUCUGGUUGAAGAUUGCUCGCCAUGUUGUUCAGGAAGAGAAGGAUGUCAAGAAGGCAAUGGCCUGCCUCUCCAGCUGUGCCCUGCUGAAGAUUGAAGACGUCCUGCCAUUCUUUCCAGACUUUGUCACUAUUGACCAUUUCAAGGAGGCAAUCUGUAACUCCCUGGAGGACUACAACAAGCACAUUGAGGAGCUGAAAAGGGAGAUGGAGGAAGCCACACAGAGUGCCAAGAGAAUCCGAGAGGACAUCCAGGAAAUGAGAAAUAAGUAUGGCUCUGUGGAGCCUCAGGAAAAAUGUGCUGCUUGUGACUUUCCCCUUCUAAACCGCCCUUUUUACCUUUUCCUGUGUGGUCACAUGUUUCAUUAUGACUGUCUUCUCCAAGCAGUUUUCCCAAACCUUCCUGCUUACAAGCAGGCAAAACUUGAAGAUCUUCAGAAGAAGCUGGCCGCUACCAGUCAGCCUUCCAAGAGCCACCAUCGUCCCAAGGAUGCAGAUACCAUUAGCUUGGGGAAGGGGCAGCAGAGCCGGGAACAGAUCAAAGCUGACAUUGAUGAUAUUGUGGCAGCUGAAUGUGUGUACUGUGGUGAGCUGAUGAUCCGCUCCAUUGACAAGCCUUUUAUUGAUCCCCAAAAGUAUGAAGAGGAGAUGCAAAGCUGGCUGUAGUUUUCCAAAUCUGCAACUGUCAACGGACCAGAGUUUGUUCACAACUUGUGAAGGUUCCAUUGGGAUUAUAGCCUCCAGAAGCAGGAACACAGUGGCUUCUGUGGAACUCUAAGGAAAGCGUAGUGGGGUCUUGUUAUCAGGAUUACAGUGAAAUAGUCUUGAAAAAUGGGGAGGUAUAGCUAUGGCUGUCUAAGAACUUGAACAAUAGUUAGAGCUAACCUACUGGAAUAUAUUUAUCAGGUGUUUGCUGCUUGCAGUUCUUCUGAGGUUCUUGGUGUGAAGCUAAUGGAGUGCCUUGUCGUCCAGAAGGAAUUGGGAACAGCCUGUGAUUUGUCUUCACUGUGGUGGGGUAUUUG